CGGACAUAGGGAUUCCAUGUGCUUUGAAUUUGUCUUUGCCGUUUUGUUUGAAUAAAUUCUUCUCACUGCUUACCUUUCAAAAUAAAUAUAUAUAUGCAAGGUGUCAUUGCUUGGUUUAAUGGUAGAAACUCGAACUGAUGCAAGUUCGAGAGUUUGAGUCUAUCAUCAGGUCUUUAUCUCCUGUCUUCUCCUCCCAACAUGUUGCGCGGACAGGACAUUUCACCAGGUAAUACCUCUUUUACCUUACGAUAUAUUUUUCUUGUUAAUUUGACUUUAGAUGAUAAAUUAUUGGAUGGAAAGUUACCUGUCCCCACCUGCAUAAAUAUCUGUCAAUAUGUUCCUUGGGGAUUGUCAUCUGCCUUUAAUAUUUAUGACCAAGGAUAGCAACAGCACCAAGAGUAAAAAAAGAAAAACCCAUGUAGUCCAUGAGGACAAUGACAGUGCCAUGGAGCUUUUUUAUUUUUUCUUUAUAGAAAAGCAUGAAUAUCUGAGUGUAACAGAGGCAAAUGUAGCAGACCUGUGGUCACGAUUCAGAACUUAACUCAAAGUUGUUGAGAAAUUGAUAUGUCUAAUGUACAUGAUGAGCAUGCAUGGCCACAUAUAUAAAUUGCAUGUGAAUCGAGCGAGCAUACGAAAUACAAGGCACAUUUAGUGUGUAAGAUUAUUAUCUUAUAGAUUUAUGGUCAGCUGAUUCAGGUGUCAGUACCAUGCAUGGCCCUGUUAAUUAGUGUUUGUAGAAUUAAAUUUUGAUCCUCCCUUUCUGCGCUUGAUGCAUGUGACGCCCACGACCCACCGGACCACAUGACCCAGUACAGCCCCCCAUUUACCGGCCUUUUAGUCAAAAGGAAAGCUACUGGCUUAUGAAGAUUCUGAAUAACAGGUGGUUGUUAGUUGUGACAAUGUCUUGUAUGGUCCUUGUUAACUGAUUUCUGUGGUGGGAUGGUAUUAAUUUCGGCAAUGCAUCGAUUCAGGCGAAAAUAGAUUGGAGGGUUAGUAUUUAUUUUGUGAGAGACAAGGUGGGGUGUUAUAUGUGUGCAUUAUGUCUCAUGUUUGCGAUGGUGUUAUAUGCAUAAUAGUGCUCUAGAUUUGAUAAAAGCCAGUGAUAUAGGAAGUUUGUUGUUGAUGAAUAGGGUGCCCCUAAUAAACCAAUGCGAAAAUCGCCGUUCUUGACAUAAUUUUCUGGGAAAAGAUUAUUGUUGAUACAUUAGGGCAACAUUUCUAUUUCAAUUUAUAGGUUGUUUUACUAGUCUGGUUUUGUUAUUUCUGAUCAUCAUUGUGCACUAUGCCAAAAUAUGAUCAAUGUAGUACUUAAUUUUGAAUGUAUCCGGGAUAACCUCAGUCCUCAAAUCUAUGGGGGGCUCACAAGAUCCGAGGACCGAGCCUGUCGCGACUGUGCUUAGCAUAGCUCAUAAACAUAUAUAGUAGUUUAAGAGCAAAAUACGAGUCCAGCUGAGCAUGAUCUAGGUGACCUAACAAUUGCCAUAGGCACAUCAUGAUAGAAUGUGCUUGGCAAAAAGCUGUGCAAACUGAAAAAUCAUACAGAAAGAUUACUUAAGAUCAUGAAAACAUGAGCCCAGCUGAGAGACUAUAUGAUCCAAGUGUUGUGGCUGUGGUAGAGGUAAAAUAUAUUUCAGAGUAAUGGUAUACAAGCCGAAGGAUCGUACAGAUCGCACGAUCCAAGUAGAUUGAAGUAAUUUGUUGUAGGUUCCAGGUUCCACCACCACAAUUUCAAGGUUUUUGGUACAAUCCCUGUAGAUGUGACCCAGUUGUCGCGCCAUUAAAUUCACAAAAUCUUUCCUUCAAGCAAAUGUGUGGCCAUGGAUUUUAGGUCUCCGACGAGUCGUAUCAGUAUUGGUUCUUGCAGGAUUACCAGUGCCACAAGAUGAUCUCAAUGAUGUUCGUUGUUCACUUAUGGGUCCGAGUUCUUGUCGACCAACAGCUCAGUUGUUUGAGGAUUACGAGUGCCACAAGAUGAUCUCAAUGAUGUUCAUUGUUCUCUUAUGGGUCCGAGUUCUUGUCGACCAACAGCUCAGUUGUUUGAGGUACAAUUCAACCUCUUCUGGGUGAGAAUUGAGCGUUCAAGUUUACUUCAUUUAUUAGAAGAUGGUUAUAAGCUGGAAUAGUGAAGGCUGUGUUUGGAAACAACUUCAUACAAUAAUGAAUUUUUCUCAUAAUAAGUAGUAACUUCAGAAUACUAUUUUCUCAGUUCCCUACCUAAGGAUUAACCACACAAGCCAACUCCUAUGUGAUUUUGUAUCACUGGAAAAAUAUUAGGCAUUUUGGGCGUGUGGACUAUGUAGUACUUUGGAGUUCGAAGCGAUUGUGUAAUAUUUGGCAUUCUGGGAGUAUGGACUAUGUAGUACUUUGGAGUUUGAAGCGAUUGUGUAUCACGGGAAAAAUAUUAGGCAUUUCGGGAAUGCGGACUAUGUAGUAUUUCGGAGUUCGGUUCAGUAAAUAUUUACUAUUUUUUACGAUAAGCGUUUGACCGUACAAUAUUAUCGGUACCUGAAUAAUUUCUGGUGUCACGGGUAUCAAUUUUAUUCUCGUUGCCAGCUCACAUCUAGAGGUACCAUUGAACAUGCUCAAAAUUAGCAUGUCGAAGAUCAGAAUAUGAUAAGACUGUCAAACGUUUUUGGACUGUGAAUUUGCAGAAGAAAGGUACGUUAUAACAAAAUGAUUUGAAUGGUGUGCAUUGAACAACCUCCAUUAAAGCCUUUGUUUCUUGUUUACAUUAUUAACUAGUUGGUUGGAAAAUACUAGAGGACAUUGUUUUUUUUUUUUUUUUUUUUUUUGACUUCUAAUCAUUAGGUUUUCAACCUACAUUAAUGAUGUUAUAAAAAUCCGUAGUGAUACAGAUUUUAAAUAUAUAUAUAUAUAUAUAUAUAUAGAGAGAGAGAGAGAGAGAGAGAGAGAGAGAGAGAGGAGGACCGAUCCUUUGGAAGGGCCUCAUUUAACAUAUAUGUAGGGUAAGUUAAUUUAUUAGGGUUAGACCACCAUAUAAAUAACCAUGUCGCCUAGGGAUUGUGACAUGGCACAGCCUCUUAACACGUAGUGUUGCAGCAUAGGUGGAAUUAGGUUUUGGGACCCAAACAAGAUGUGUGACUAAUGCAUUGGUGGCUGAGAGUUAAGAGAUAACAUGAACAAUCUACUCAUGUAACAAACCAUGGACCCCAAUAUAUUAUUCAUAGAGAUUUAAUUUUUUACAUUAAUGGCCGUAGAUUUUAAUAUUUUUUUUGACUAUUAUUAAAAAUAAAAAAAAAUUACCAACAUUUUGAUGUUAUUCUCUAUAUGGGUUCAAAUUGAUUUGGAAAAAAAAUACUAUUUGUCAUUGAUUUAAACAAAAUCACUCAAAAAAAAAAAAAAUGUAAUCAUUUGGAGACAAUUUUUUUGAUUUGGAGACAAAAAUAUUUUGUUCAUAUGCAUAUGCUAACACAAUAUAUAUAAUGUGAAGCAUUGUGAGCUGUUUUUUCCCCGGUCUGGACCCAAUGUAGAAAAUUUCAUUUUGUUCUCUUGCUCGUGAGUUGGGACCAAAUCAACGUAGUCCACAAGUUCUGAACAUGGUGGCAUUGUAAACCUUAGUUUAGUGCCUCAAGAUACCAAUCGCAACAAAUAAUAAUAAAAAAAGCCCAAUAACAUAAUGCUAAAUCCAAUAUUAUAUGGUAUGAUGGCACACUGUAAAACCCCCUUUUUGUUUUCACCUCAUACUGUAUUGUUGGGAUUUGGUGUUGCAUCCGAUGGCUCACACAGUAUACACGUGUUUGAAUGAAUGUGUGCCAGCUGUCCGAUGCAAUAUGACACUUGUAUUCUAUUCAUAGGAUAUCUCACAUUGACAUAUAAUACCUCACAGCAUAUGUAUACGUGUAAUAAUCCGUGUUAAACACGUGUGUAUGUUAUGAGUCGUAGGAUGCAGUAAUAUUAGACAACUCAUAUUUAGUGUUUGUGUGUGUGUGUAUAUAUAUAUAUAUAUAUAUUUUGACAUUGGUGAAUAUCUAAGUAAGUUUUUUUUUUUUUUUUUUGGGGAAUAAAGAAGAGUGUAAGGAGACAAAACUAAUGAAUAUCUAGGGUUGGUGAUGGAAGGGAACAUGAUAAGGGGAUAAAUGAACAGUCUAAAAAUAGGUGAAACCAGAAAGAUAUCAAAAGUUGGACUUAAUAAGGGUUAUGUGGUACAAGAGAAAGUGGCCCCCACUGUUCAAUAAGGUCUAGUAGGGUGACCCAUUUCUCACUAGGUCCCCUCUCUCUCUCUCUCUCUCUCUCCUCUCUCUCUCUCUCGCUCUCUAACCUUAUACAUCAACAUAAAUGGGUCAUUGGGAAAUGAAUGAAUAAAGUCAUUGGUCAAUUGGCUUAACUAUCAAGGUGUAUGCUACUUAUAUCCCUCUCCUCUAUCUAUAUAUAUCCAUCUAUGUCAUCUUCAUUUCCUCAUUGCUCACUCUCUCUCUCUCUAUAAACAUAUUGAUUUCUCUCUCUAGACUGCAUCCAAAAUUAGUUAGCCCCAACAAAACACACUACUACUCUUUGUCUCUGCGCAGCCUUUACCCAGUAUAGCAAAUACUAUAUAUAUAGAAAAUAUAUGCAUACAUAUAUACAUAUAUAGACGUGUAUAUAUAAAAAAAAAUUGUCACUGGGUUUGUUGUAUUAGCAACCGGGUCAUCAUCGGUUAAAUAAAAAUGAGUACUGACCAUCAGAAUUCAGAACCAGAGAGCAGUUCCAACUCAUUCUCAUCACCUCCAUCAUCACCAUCCUCACCCGGGUCAACUCAGUUCCCUCAAAACUCGGUGUCGAACUCACCAAACCAACCCAAACCACAAGACCCAGAAGCCAAGAAGAUGAAGAGGCUCCGAGACAGCAGCAAACACUCGGUGUACCGGGGAGUCCGAAUGCGCAAUUGGGGCAAAUGGGUGUCCGAAAUCCGUGAGCCUCGCAAGAAAUCACGCAUAUGGCUCGGCACAUUCCCGAACCCAGAAAUGGCGGCUCGGGCCCACGACGUGGCGGCGCUGUGCAUCAAGGGUGACUCGGCGAUUCUCAAUUUCCCCGAACUCGCCGGGUCGCUGCCGCGGCCGGUGUCGCUGCUGAAGAGCGACGUGCAGGCGGCGGCGGCGAAGGCGGCCGCCAUGGACACGUUUGACGACUCUCCUUCGGCGUCGCUGUCGUCGCUGGUUUCGGCUAUGGAGCUGUCGAAUUCCGAUGAAUUGAGCGAAAUCGUUGAGUUGCCGAGUCUGGAGACGAGUUGUGACUCGGCCGAGUUGAACAGCGAGUUUGUGUACGACAGUGUUGAUGGGUGGCCAUAUCCUCCGCCGUGGUUGCACACUGCCGGUGAUGAUUGUGGGUUGGUUUCUGAUCAGAUAUCUACUGGUUUUGACACUCUCUUGUGGAAUUAUCAGUGUUGAAUUUGUGCGUGUGUGUGUGUGUGUGUUUUGUAAGUAUGUGUUUGGGUUCUUCUUUUCUUCAUUUUAGCUCUUUUGGUUUUGCUUUCAAGGGCUAAAAUCUCUCUCCCUCUCUCUCUCUCUCUCUCUCAUGCUUUCCAGCUUGUAACCUCUUGAAUGUAUCUAACUGUACAGUUAGGAGUGAAAGAGGAAAUGUCAUAAAUUUCCUUCCAUGUUUGGUAUAUACACAUUAACGUCUCUCUCUC